AUGGCGCCGUUCACCUCUGACAUAUACACUGCGAUGCCUAUGAAAUAUGCAGGAGAUGAAUACUUUGUAUCGCUGAUAUCCCGAGAGAGGGGCUCACAUCCUCUGUUCAGUGGCAUUCUGGAGAUCCCAUCCCUGGAUCGGGUUGUAGCCGGCAGAGACAACACCAGGGUGACAAUCGGAGACCUUAACCUCGAGCUGUCAAUGGGAGAAUAUGACACCAUCGAUGUAACUACCCAGGAAAUGAUGUUGAUAACUUCCAACAAACCGAUAUCCAUCAUGCAGUACUCGAAAGGCACUCGAAUAGAUGGAAAGGGAGACCCAUCGAUGAGUCGCGUUGUCCCGAAUGAACAAUUCGUCUCAGAGGCGUUCUUUCCAGUCUACCGUUUUCAGAGCAACAUGUCGACAAUCAAUACCACCUAUCUAGAAAUCACCACGGACUGUGAAUAUGUGAACAGCGUAUCUCUUUCAAGGAGCGGUGAAGAUAUUCAGCAUAUAAUAGGAAACGAUACUCUAGAGGAGGUUACACAAGCAGUUUUAAUAGUGACCGACAGUCCUGAAAAACUUACCCAUAUGGAUGUUGCGAACAUUGCAAUUAUCAUCAAGAACAUUACAGAUGUAAAACCAAGCAAUCCGAAGAUCACAUCGAUUCUGACGACCAUCGUAAAGAACUUUGCAGACAUUGACCAGACUGAUCUUUACGAGAUCGAAUCCAGUACAGGAGCCAUCUCAGUGAUUCUAACAGCUUUCGAAGACCAUCUCAAAGUUGUUGCACUGAACGAUGAGAACGUCACUUCAAAAUAUUCACCAAAUGUAUAUGUCCAGAUUUCCGAUGUGGUUCCAGCUGAUCUUGAAGUUGGUCUAAACCUAUCUAUGCGUCAAAUCAACUUUACCCAUGCCUCGAGCGAUCCGGAUCAACAGUUUCCACUAGAAAUAGACAUACCGCAAAGUGUAUUUGACAAUCUUGAGGAACCCACUAAAGAGAACGAAGUACGCGUUGCCCUCACGAUGUUUCGGACGUCAUCCCUGUAUGCAUCGAGCAACCACAAAGAAAUCAACGAAAACAGACAUGGUCUCAAUCGAAGUGUUAAUUCAUUGAUCGCUGGGCUGACGAUUGGAGGAAAGAAGCUCACCAACCUCGAAGACGACAUCGUUUUCAGCUUCAAACCAAUAAGGGCUGGAUAUCAGAAUCCAACUUGUGCUUUCUGGGACAUUGCCCUCCCUGAUUGGUCAACGAGUGGUAGUCGUCAUAUCACGUCAUCAGGCGACAGGAGUAGUGGCCUGAAGUAUAAUACAAGUGAACCAAUUGUAUGCAGCUGCGAUCACCUGACCAACUUUGCAGUUUUAAUGACAUGA